AUGGCGCCGGCAGCGGCCCUGUCGGCAGCAGCGGCGGCGGCGGCCCUCUCGGGCCUGGCAGUGCGACUGUCGCGCUCGGUGGCGGUCCGCGGCUCUUACAGCGCCUUCUGUAAGGGGCUCACGCGCACGCUGCUCACCUUCUUCGACCUGGCCUGGCGGCUGCGCAUGAACUUCCCCUGCUUCUACGUGGUGGCCUCGGUGAUGUUCAAUGUGCGCCUGCAGGUGCGCAUCGAGUGA